AUGCACAGGUUUUACAUCCACUACGGACAUUGGCAAUCUGCUAAUACUGUUGUCACUGCAACGACUUUGGCCAGACUUUCAACCUCAGCAAACACAAUAGCAUUAACCACCAGAAUAUCCACUAGCGUAGCUCCAGCACCUGCUGUGUUAUACAUCUCUCAAACAAUCGUAGCUCAAUCGAACACUACAACAAUAAUAGCUGGUACUAUUUCGGCGCUUCUAAUAAUUAUUGUUGUCGCCGUAAUUAGUGUCGUACUCGUUCGAAAUCAAAAGAAAAGACAAGUACAACACCGACAAAGACAACAAGAAGAAGAACCACAAGCCAAUAAUCUUCCUCCGCCGCCUUACUUCUCAAAGUCAAUUCUUCCUCCUCCACCGUAUCCAGAAAUGCUUAGCGUUUCUUCUCUGCCGGGAUAUCAAUCAGAAAAGCCCGAUUUGACAGUUGAAGAUAUUGAAGAUGUAAAUUAA